AUGGACGGGACGGAUUUUUUGCUGGGUGGAAUCGGUUCGAUGGGCGCAACAUUGAUCACGAACCCACUAGAGGUCGUCAAAACGAGAAUGCAGCUACAAGGUGAGCUGGCUGCCAAAGGCACCUACCACAAACCGUACCGCAGUGUGCUGGAUGCGUUUGUGACGAUCGCCAAAAACGAUGGAUACGCGGCGCUACAGAAAGGUCUGGCUCCCUCGCUGUGCUUCCAGUUCAUCCUCAAUGCGUGCAGACUGGGCAUAUAUAACACGGCCAACGAGCGCGGCUGGACUAAGCAAAGAAACGGGAACCAGUCGAUACUGAAAAGUGCUUUCUGGGGCGCAACGGGCGGAUUUGUGGGGUCCGCGUUGGCCAGCCCGUUCUUUAUGCUCAGAACCCAUCUGCAGUCGCAAGCGAAGGCGGAAAUUGCGGUGGGCUACCAGCACCAGCACACUGGAAUGAUGAGUGCCAUGAGAGAUAUUUUCCGGAAACACGGUGUCCAAGGGCUGUACCGCGGAGUAGCGGUAACGAUGCCGCGCGCACUGCUGGGAAGCGGCGGUCAGUUGGCUGCAUUCGGUUACACCAAAGAUUACCUCAUUCGUCGUCCAAUCAUCCGCGAGCAGAGUGACACAUUCGUGUCUACGGUUGCGGGAGCGGUUGGUGGGACUGUGAUGGCCAUCACAAUGACACCCCCGGAUGUGAUAGCUACACGACUUUACAACCAAGGUGUGGACACCAAGGGCAAGGGUAUUUACUACAAUGGAGUUGUUGAUUGUUUCAUCAAAAUAUUGAAAGCUGAAGGUGUGGCGGGAUUGUAUAAAGGCUUCUGGCCUCACUACAUGCGCAUCGGGCCGCACGCCACACUCGUUUUGCUAUUUUUCGAUGAACUGAAAACGCUCCGUAGUCGGUACCAUUUGCCGUAGACUGUGUGGACACGGUACGAAGAACAUGUAUUAAUAGACUGUGGUAGAUAUUGUGAUGGGUGGCAAGAAACUAGCCAGUUAGAAG